AUGGAAGAUAAACCCUAUUGCGCGGAGAAUGGUAAUUCCACCUCUGGUGUUGAAGGAAAGUACCUUAUUCAUGAAGAGGCGAUAGUGGGUCGUGGUGCAUGGAGUGUUGUCAAGCGAUGUACUCCUAUUCCUCCCUACACGCCACGUGGGUCAUAUCCUGGUAUGAAGUUUGUUGUGAAGGUAAUCGAAAAAGAAUAUUUGAUUUCUUUGACCAAAGGCGAUGUGGAUCGAGCCAUGGUAGAGGUGAAGCGUGAAAUUAAUGUCCUUAGACACAUCCCACCGCAUGAGAAUGUGGUCACUUUUAUCGAACACAUAGAAACAGAAAAGCACUUUUUGCUUUUUUUUGAAGAAGUUUGCUGCGGCGAUCUGUGUGAACUUAUUCUUCAAACACCUGAUGGAAAAUUAACAGAGGGUAAGGCUAAGCUUUACAUUUACCAGAUCAUCAAAGCAGUGAUUCAUUGUCACUUGCAUGAUGUUAUCCAUAGAGACAUCAAACCUGAAAAUCUUCUUGUAAGUGAAAAGGACGACAUCAAACUCACGGAUUUUGGUCUUGCUAAGUACUCAAAAGGAGUUUGUACGGGGGAUGCCCCAAGUGAUCCAUUGGAUUUGGUGUCCCUCAUGAUGCCUUACAUUGGAUGUGAGCGUUUUAUUGGGAAGCGUGUCGUGUGUUCAGACGUCAUAGGAACACCGCGUUACGGUGCACCCGAGAUGUUUUAUGCCAAAUUUACGCAAACUCACUACGACGGUUUCAGCGCCGAUACAUGGUCGAUUGGUGUUGUCGCAUAUAUUAUGUUGUCUGGAAGCUUUCCAUACUCCGCCAGCUCCUCCGCAUCAGAGGAAGAAGUCUUCCGCACAAUCAUGGACACUCCGCUUCCGAGCCCAACCAACAUCAGUUCGUCCGCGUUAGAUUUCAUUCAGUGUCUUUUGAACAAGGAUCCCACUAAACGUGUGCCACUUUAUAAAACUCUUAACCAUCCUUGGCUCAUGGACAUUGUGGUGCCGCGUGGUUCCAUCGUUGCGAGCAAGUUGCGACAAAAUUCCAUCAUCCCCAAGGUCGAGGAGGCAUGCAAAUGGUUUGAUGAAGAAGCAAUGAACCUUCAUAUUUGCAUUUCAAAGCUUGAACAUGAACUUCUGGUUCUUCGUUCGGAGUUUGAUAAAUCCAGAGAGGAGCACAAAUUUAGGGAGGUACCGAAGACACCGCCACGACGUGCUCAGACUCCGAUCGGAACGUCGCGGUUGCGUAAUACGCGAUCACCGGUAUCAUCAUCGAAGGUUACUUCAGCGAGCAGGCCAGGGUCUCGGCUGCGAACUGUCAGUCGUGACGUCGGCACCACUUUAAUCCAAAGUAAACCCUUGAACGCAACUUCUCGCACUCGAAGCCCUCUUGCGCGUAGUGCAUGUGGGGCAGCUGUGAGACGUGGGACUCCCGCUCGAACGGGAGGAACAACCCCAGCUUCACUCCGCAGUGGCACCCCAACCCGCCCCACAACUAGAUCGACUUCUACAAUUCGGGGUUCGCACGCUAAUCGUGCCAUGACACCAUCUGGGAAAGCACGCGAGUCUACGCUAAACCAUACCCCACGAAAGCCUUCACAAACUCCACGUACACUUUCAGGAGGCAUGAACAGCAUGUCCUCGUCUACGAUAGGUGCAACUCAAGCGUGCGACUUGCGCAUUAAUGACCAUAUUACCUACAAGGGCCACCGUGCUGUUGUGCGUUUCAAUGGCCCAACUUCUUUUGGUGCAGGCAUUUGGAUCGGAUUGGAAAUGUUGGAGGGUAAUGAAGGUACCAAUGACGGGUCUUCUUUUAUUGAUAAAAAGGAGUACUUCAAAUGUCCCAAGGGAAGGGGCGUUUUUGUACGUGCUUCGCAGGUAAAACGGUGUUAA